UUUGAUUACCAAGGGCAACAGUGGGAUAGCUAUUCAUAUUACAAAGUACUUCAAGAAACGAACACCCACAUUUUACAUGAAAUUUAAUUUUCAUAUUUUGUAGUAAAAGCCCAGAAAGGUACGACUUGAAUGAAGAUGCACCUAUCUCUACAUAGAAAUUUUUUUAACAUCACACAGUAGCGACGACCACAGUCCUAGUUUAGAAUCAUUAUUAUGACGAUAGGAAUUUGUAGCAGCCCUCAACCUGUGGCCUUCUGAACCGUCUCUCCGCUGUCCUAUAAGGGAGGGCUAACUGUAUUCCUGGUCGCUCCUGGGACUGGGAGCUCCUGGGGAAGGAAUCCUAAAGGAGUGGUUGUCAAUGCAUUUUCAUUAACAGCCGCGCUCCUCGGCAGCCUCCUAGGGCUGGGGUGGCCACGUGCUCCCUUAAACUGUUUUCACAACUCGAGGCUGUGCUGUGGGUGGCAACUUGAAGGUCUCCAAUAACUUCUCGUUUUUCUUUGGGCCAACGUUUCUGUUUUCUGUCAAUCAAUAGUUUAGUUAUUUAAAAAUAAGAAGGUGAAGAGGGAGUUAUUUGGGGUGGGAACUAGAAUAGACUUCAAAAAAGAAAUCCGUAUUACCCAGUUGGCGUCCCAGCGGUUCCCCGAAUGGCCCAGAGCCCCCAGCACCUGCCGAGGCCGCGCCAUGCACCUGGCUGGGCUCAAUCUGGCCAACUCAGACCUGGCCUGGGCGCCAGAAGGCUGCAGGUGGGACGCUCUGGUCCGAGCCACCGCCUGGGCCCGAAAGAGCCGCUCCUGGGAAGCAAUGCGGGGCCAAUCUCAAAUCCCAAAUUCUGGAAAGCGCUACUUCCCACGCAGUAAAGGGAAGCCCGGGCGCCUCAAAACCAAACCUUGGAAGACGCUGGAGGAGCAAAGCCUGCAAGUUUCCAUCCACAGCCUCGAAGCCAUGGGUUCUCCCCGGCCCUCUGAAGCCGCCACACCUGUGCCAGCCGGCCGCAUCCUCAGACCUUUCCACACGGAGUCUUCCCAGCACUUGGAGAAGCAGCGCAGGGUCCCGAGGACGGCCUGGCCCGGAGAAAAGAUACCGAAGCUCCAACUUUCCCCAACCCCGCUCCCCUCCUCCUUCCACCCUCCCUUCCCGCCCCAAAGCUCGGGGGUCCUAUCCCUCCUCCGGUCCGCGGAGUCUCCCGAACCCUGCGGGGACCCGGCGCUCGGCGGUGCCCUCCUGGGGCGCACGGGGCUGGGGCGGGAGCGGGGAGACCAGGUGGGGAGGGGACCCCAGAUCUCAGACGCCCGGGGAGACGGCGUUUCCCGCUGUUCAUUCAGAUUUGUGCCAAAAGGAGCCUCACAGAUGCAGUAUUGGGUUUGGUAGACUCAAAUCGUCUUGUUUUAAUGUAAAUGAAAGCACGAGCGCGCAUCGCGGAGGCCACGAUUCCCGUUUUAUUCCCUCUCCACGGCAAGGAAAAGCAGCGAAAUCUGAGGUCUUCAGAGGUUAACCCUAUCUAGGAGCAGAAUGUGACGCAUUGUAAACAAAUAAAUGUUGAAAACUCGAUGUUAAA